CUGUGGGCGGUGCGGCGCUGUACGAGUGACGGGUGGUCAUGGCGACUCGUCGGGCUCUGCACUUCGUGUUCAAAGUGGGAAACCGCUUCCAGACGGCGUGUUUCUAUCGUGAUGUCCUGGGAAUGAAGAUUCUUCGGCAUGAGGAAUUUGAGGAAGGCUGCAGAGCUGCCUGUAAUGGGCCUUAUGAUGGAAAAUGGAGUAAAACAAUGGUGGGAUUUGGAUCUGAGGAUGAUCAUUUUGUUGCAGAACUGACUUACAAUUACGGCAUUGGCAACUACAAGCUUGGCAAUGACUUCAUGGGUAUCACGCUCGCUUCUAGCCAGGCUGUCAGCAACGCCAGGAAGCUGGAGUGGCCACUCAGUGAAGUGGCAGAAGGUGUUUUUGAAACCAAAGCCCCGGGAGGAUAUAAGUUCUAUUUGCAGAACCGCAGUCCAUCUCAGUCAGAUCCUGUAUUAAAAGUAACUCUAGCAGUGUCUGAUCUUCAGAAGUCCUUGAACUACUGGUCUAGUCUACUGGGAAUGAAAGUUUAUGAAAAAGAUGAAAAGAAGCAGAGGGCUUUGCUGGGCUAUGCUGAUAACCAGUGUAAGCUGGAGCUACAGGGCAUCCAAGGGGCAGUUGAUCAUGCAACAGCUUUUGGACGAAUUGCCUUUUCUUGCCCCCAGAAAGAGUUGUCAGACUUAGAGGAUUUGAUGAAAAGGGAGAACCAGAAGAUUCUGACUCCCCUGGUGAGCCUGGACACUCCAGGGAAAGCAACAGUACAAGUUAUCAUUUUGGCAGACCCUGAUGGACAUGAAAUUUGCUUUGUGGGGGAUGAAGCAUUUCGAGAACUCUCUAAGAUGGAUCCAGAGGGAAGCAAAUUAUUGGAUGACGCAAUGGCAGAAGAUAAAAGUGAUGACUGGUUUGCUGCACAAAAUAAACCAAAGGCUUCAGGGUAACCGAAGACACGUGGAACAAGCAUUAGUGAUUCCUGUCGAAUACCUGUGAGGCCUGAUGUGUGCAUUAUGUGACAAAUGUUCUCACAACUUGGUGGUUUCCUGUAUAGGCAGAGAGGCUGGGUGGUGAAGAUUUGUGUAUUUUAAUCUUUGAGAGCUCUGAUAUAUUUUAGAGAGAAAAUCCUUUCAUUAUCAGUCCAUUUAGAGGAGAACCCGUGCUGUCAUCUAUGCCAUCCCUGGAAGGGUACAUUUUGUGUGUAACUGUAUUAGAUUAGUAAUACAUUCUUCUGAAGCCUGGGACAGCUGUAUUGAACAGGACCUUUGGUUGGGGAUGGAGGGAAUUUUGAUAAGUAUGUAGAUUUAAUGAGAACAAAUAAACCCAAAUCAAUUGCUUA